UUAUGUAGCAGAGGUCACUGAGUGACUAGGGAUCUGUUGAAGGUUAACACAUCCCACAGAGAGAUCACUCCUUCUCUUCAUUCAUCAGAAUUUAUGAACGAACGGAUUUGACCAAAAGGAUUUGGAUUUUGAUUUUUUUUUAAUCCUGUCAUUGUGAAGUCCUGCGUGUCUCAGUCUCAGACGUGAGAUGACGGGAUGCUGGACCCGCCAGCCAAUCAGCGGCUCAACCUUCACUCUUCUCAGCCAAUCAGCUGCGGGCUGUCGGGCUCAGAGUGCAGUCAAAGUGUUUUCCUCCAGCAUCCUUGAGCGCGUGCAGCCUGCGGAGCGCGCGCCUCUCCCGGCUGUGGUGAUGGAGAACAACCGCUGCUUCGCCAACCGCUUCUCCGACUACAAGGGUGUGCUGCUGCCGGGCCAGAGCGCGGAGGUCAUCGUGCCCGCGGUGGUGGCCACCGUGGAGAAGAUCCUGAGGAAGGUGCCCGUGGACAUCAGCGACUGUGACGGCGGGCUGUAUGACGGCCCAGCGGGGGUGGCUUACAUGCUGUACCACGUCAGCGAGUGCCCGCUGUUCUCCGAGCAGCGCGACGUCUACCUGAAGACGGCCAAGCAGAUCAUCGACGUGUCGGUCAGGUGCGUGGACGCGGAGCCGGACAAGAACAUGCGCGCCGCCUUCCUGCUGGGCGGCGCGGGCGUCUACGCGGUGGCCACCAUGAUCUACAAAAGCUUGGGCUUGGCGGACUUCGUCCGACCGCUCACCAAGUUUCGCAACCUGUGGGAGGUGUGCGCGCCCAUCCACUUCCUGGAGUGCGGCUCGGAUGAGCUGUUCGUGGGGCGGGCGGGGUACCUGUGCGCGGCCCUGGUGCUCAAGCAGAAGCUGGGCAUAGAGAUUCUGAGCAAAGAUCAGAUCAAAUCCAUUUGCCAGGCGAUUAUCGAGUCAGGAAAACAGUACGCCAGGAGGAAAAGGAAACCCUUCCCCCUCAUGUAUUCAUACUACGGAACAGAGUACCUGGGUGCAGCCCACGGCCUUUCGUCGGUGCUGCAGAUGCUGCUGAGUUACCAGGACAUGCUCAGCGGCGCCGACAAGGACCUGGUGUGGCAGAGCGUGGACUUCCUCAUGAACCAGGAGCAGAACUGCAACUGGCCCGCCGAGCUGGGGGCCAUGAUCGAGAGGGAGAACGAGCUGGUGCACUGGUGUCAUGGAGCCCCGGGUGUUGCAUAUCUUUUUGCAAAAGCGUAUCUGAUCAACAAGAAGCCGCAGUAUCUGGACACGUGCAUCCGCAGCGGCGAGCUGGUGUGGCAGAAAGGCCUGCUGAAGAAGGGACCCGGGAUCUGUCACGGAGUAGCAGGAAGUGCUUAUGUCUUCCUCCUACUUUAUCGACUCACUGGGAACUCCAAAUACAUUUACAGAGCUCAGAGGUUUGCAGAGUUCAUUUUCACCGAGGAGUUCAAGGCGGGCUCACGUUCCCUCACCAGCAUCUACAGUCUGUUUGAAGGCCUGUCAGGAACGGUUUGCUUUCUGGUCGACCUCCUGCAGCCGGACCAGUCAGAGUUCCCUCUGUUCAGCGUCUUCGUGUGACACCUGUGCUGAGCGUGCACCCAUCCCUCCCUCUGAAGCCUCUGAAGGUCGUUGCAUUGUAAAAUCAGGAUCUUUAGCACAGUAGUGGGCGGCUCUCUUUGGCUCUGUCGCUGUACUAUAACUGUCAUUUUGUGUGUGUUACUGUGAGGUUUUCAAGCUUUGAUAGGUGCUUUGUAAUUGUUAUUAGUGGCUCAUUCUAAAUACAAAAAAACCUGAGAAUGGAGGCAGAAGCUGAAUUAACAGCAAAGACAAAUACAUUUACCAGUUAUUUGAUAAUAAACUGGUCAUUCCAGAAUUGAAGGACAUUUUGGCUUCAACAUUCACGAAGAAUAAGCUUUCACUUUUCUGGUUUUCUGAUACAUUUUCAUCAAUAAUUGGCAUUUUUUUAUUACUUUAUAUAUCUUGUGUUCUCUGCCAGAUUCUGCUUCUACAGGGCUAAACAGUUUAUGGUAACAGGGUUGCAUUGAUAAUACUUCUCAUUUGAAACACAGUUAAAAGAGACACCAAUGAAACAUAUAAUAGUAAAAAAAAUAAUUGUAAAAUUCAUUUUAAUUGUUUAAGAUUAAAUUUGGACAUUAGAGAUGUUUGCCUGAAAAUCUGUCCAGGAUGCACCAAAAGUACCCAGGACAGGCUUUGGCGACCCCGUGACUCCGAAAGGGAAUUAGGGAGUUAAAAACAUGGACAAGUGGAUUAGUGAGAAAUGACAUUUUAGGGGGUACUCCAAAAUUAUUUGGUAUUUUUAAAACUAUUUUCAAGAGCUUUUUUCUCUUAAUUUUUGCAGAUUUGGUCUCAAUUUACUUAGGUGGUGUUAUGGUUUAUUUGAAACAUGAAGGGUGGAACAUAAAAUGUCCUCAAAUUCUGGAAUGUCCUUAAUAUAAGAGGAUUUCCUCAACUUUUUAAUGCAAUCUUCAAUUUAGUUUAAAGUGAUGGUUGUAGGGUUCUAAUAUCAAUGUAAACAGGAACUGAUCCAUGUAAAACUACAAACUUCCUGCCUAAAAACAAACAAAAAAUAAAAUAAUCCCGUGUAACCAUAAAACUUUUAAAGUACACCAACUCAUCAGCAGAGAACUGGAAGUUUAGAAAAGCUGUCUGAAGUCUCAGCUUGAUCUUCUGGGUUGUUGCUCUCAGGUUCGACAUACACAUGUGCACUAUUGACAGUAGUUACACCUGCUUUACACAACAUACCAGCACAGAAAACUGAUUUAUUUAUUGUGUCUUUGGAGACACAAACUCUUUAGAUCUUAUUUUUUUCACCUUACCUGUUAAAGGAUAUUAUCAAUCGAUUCUUGACACACUUUCAUCAUUUUGACCUGAGGUUACAUUGUGUAGCAGCUGUUUUUUGAUGUUUCAGCUGAGUUAGAUGCUAAAAAAAAUAGUUGAAAAUAUUUUAAUAUGUGAAACAAGAUGUGGAAUCAUUUUGCAAAAACCACCUUAUUCAGUUGAGUUUUUGAUGUUGGUUUGACGUACGUAUGAAAUGUGGCCUUAAGAAUAUCAAGCUAACACUUGUAUUUGAUCCCAUCUCAGAGGGGGAGGAUCAGCGGAAAACGCUUUGGGCGGCAGCUUUGAGCGACUGGUGACAGAUAAAAAAAAAAAAAAAAAUGCUUGUGAACAGCAGCAAACCAAAGCAGUUUCCUGAUGCUAUCCGUGCCUGUGGCUGUCCAUUUAUAAGCUGUAUGUGUGACUUUUGCUGUUUUCCUUUUUUUGGCAUUUGUAAUUCCAGCUGAAAAAACGACGAGCAAAAGAUGAUUGUACAAAAAAGUGUCUAUAUGUGUUAAAAGAAUAAAAAGUAAAGCACAA